AUGACUUCUUCACAUUCGGCGCCUAUCCGGAUAUCCAAGAUCGCGGGGCGAUAUCUCAUAUUCGACUCAGAGGCUGCUGCUCUUCUGCGUCGAAAUGAGAACAUCAAUGGCACUCUUGCGGGGACUGCACCGCAGCAACCUACCCAAAAUAUCUUCCUUGGGCUCCCAAUCGAGCUACGGCCGGAAGAGGCGGAAUCACUGUUGCAGAAAAAUGUUGCUUAUCUUGUAGACGACGUAGCUGCUCAUCAAGCUGUUCUCCAUAAUCCCAACAAUGAAGCCAGGAGGCUGUAUCUUGAUUCCCUCAGAACCAAGAAGGACACAGCUCGGCAGGUUCUAGCGGAGAAAAAUUCUAAGCGGGCUGCUGAGGGGGCAGAAAAGCAUGGAAAGGCCCGCCGCCGUGCUCCUAUCAAUCCAGAUGAAGAUGCCAUCUCUGGAAAUGAUCAGACUGAAACCAUCAAACGUCAACAAGAUUCUGUUCUCAAAUCUUUGGGCGUAACCCCAACAUCUAGCGGAUCAUUGAUUUCUCCAGAUGCAGGGCGUUCAUACCAGGUCACUAACCCAGCACAAGGACCUCUGUGCGGCUUUCUUCUCACGUCUGGCUAUUACAUGACCCCCGGCCUACGGUUUGGUGCCAAAUAUAGUGUUUAUCCUGGCGAUCCUUUGAGAUUCCACGCUCAUUUUAUGGCAAAUCAGUACGACUGGGAUGAAGAGAUCCCUGUUUUGGACAUCGUAGCAGGAGGUCGUCUCGCUACAGCUGUGAAAAAAGCCUAUCUGAUUGGAGCACAGCAGCCACAAACAAAUGAGACAGUGGAUGAUGGAAAGAUGAGAACGUUUAGUAUUGAAUGGGCUGCAAUGUAA